AUGACAAAGACAAAGGCUGAUGUUAAUUCGCCAACUCACUUUGUCUCGCCCAAGGAAAGGAGACACAGGCACAAAAUGGAAAGCGGGACGGAGAGCGCGGACAGCGGGCAGGCGCAGCCCCAUCAACAGCACCAGUUCGAGCAACAGCCCGUAGUGCAGUCCAUCCAAGUGAACGAGAAGAAAAAGAUCAACCGGGCUCCGUCACCCGCCAGACCCAAGGAUGUGCCUGGAUGGUCCCUCACCAAGAUCCGGGGAGGCAUCGGUACACCAACACUGAGCGUUAAACCAGGAUCCAUACAUUUAGGCAGCCGGGUGUCCAGGCGUAGUCCGGGUAGCGGGAAAGAGACCAAAUCAGAGAAAGGAAAACUGCCGGGGAAAUCCACACUAUCGGUUGCCAGUGCUCAGAAGGGCGGCAGUAAAUCGAUGAAAGGUGGUCGGAAGAAGGUGUCCGAUGCAAGAAACGCCUCGGACGACCUGAGCAAAGACUCUGGUUGCGCCGCGGGCAAGCUGUCGCCAACGGAUAGCAGUUCCGAGAUCUCCGAUUGCGCCUCGGAGGAGAAUAAAGUCUCCACCGACGCUCUGAGUAGUGACACCGAAUCCAGCAGCCGAGGCGGGGGGCCUGAGGGCGAGAAAUCGAGUACGGACUGCGGAGAUGGGCCACCGGAUAGGGGUACUCGUGGUGACCAUCAUGCCAAGACCCCCGUAGAUAAGGACCGACUCUCCCUGGGAGUGGAGACCGGGGAGGGGAGCAUUUCUCCGGGGGAUGAACGGUCUCUCACAUCGUUCGACAGCCGGGUGCCUACCAGCACAUCCCUGGCUUUCUCCGACCUGACAGAAGAGUUCAUGGACGGCAUGCAUGAAGAAUUUGUUAGGGAAAUCGAGGAACUGAGAUCAGAAAACGAUUACCUAAAAGUAAGCAUAUUUUUUCCAGAUUUGCUACAGACAUUCCUCCCUCCGUUUGCUCUUAUUUGUGAAAGUAAAAAGGUUUAAAAAAUGUUUUUUUUAAAAGCUCUCCAAUAACAGUUCUGUAAGAGAUGAAGCCGGAGUUACUAUUUUCAUUGGUUCAUCAGAAACAAACCUAAUAUAUUUAUGCAUAAUCACUGUUCUGCACUUCAGGAUAAAAGCAGGGAAAUCCAUGCAAACCCAAAUUGGCCACAUAGCCAGCCAACAACAUCUUGAGUGCAUAAUUGAUUACUCCCCCCUCCCUCUUUUCAAAAAACAACAACAAAAUACCACAAUUUGAAGGCACAGAGACUUCAGGGGUGGUCAGUGUUAUUUCUGAAUUCAAACUCAAUGUUGCCUCAGCUGUUGUGUUCACUGCUCAAGAUGGUCAGGUGGUGAAUGCCCAAGACAUCAGAGGUGGUCGGACAUGCAGGUGGUUGUAGGGUGCCAAUCCGUUACGCACUGGAGGAUUACAGUGACCACCUUAACUAAUUGUAUUUUGUCAUCCAAUAUUAUCAUUGACAUGCGUCACGGAGACUGGCUCAGUGGGAGAGGUUCAAUAAUUAAUUGGAUUAUCCUACAGGCCUGUGCACUAAGACGCACCACAACGGUUUAUCCAAACAACGUCUAGGUUACCAUUAGCACAUUUGAUUUAAUAUUUAACUGGUCUGGGAAAGCAAUAUUACGAUUAUUAUGGUGUACAUAUGCCUUAUAGACUACUAGGCUAUGCGGUGGUCAUCUAAGAUGGCCCAUCUAAAGAAGGCAGUUUACUAGGACAGUCCACUGUGCAUGAAUGUGUAAUGCACAUUUCCACAACAAUAAUGAUCAUGUAAGGUUUUUGGUUAAUUUCAGACCAUAAUCAUCAAAUCCAUCUUACUGGUUAAUUACCAUAAACAGCAAUGGGGUGUCACAUUAUUUUUCUUAAGUCUAAUUAUGCGUAGAAAUUAGGUCAUGCGUGCAGCCAUAGUAGUACCAGAGCGCGACAUCUUUAUUUAUUAAUCCCGUGCUUUCUCUCCUGUCUUCGGCACGCCUGUCUGACUAGUGCAGCUGUUUUCUCGGGGUAGCCUGCGUCGUACAGAUGCUACAGUCGAGAGCGCCAACUGUCCUCAAUCCACACACUAUUGUUUAUACCGGGGCCGCACCACGUGACGCUGCUCUGCAGUGGGUGACCCACAUUCCCCUGGCAGCCCUCUCCGCAUAUUAGCAAUGCGAUAAAAGGCUUCUAUUUACUACUACUACUACUACUACACACUUCUCCCACCACCACCCUUAUAAAUACUUUAUCUGCCUUAUUACUAUGCCUCUGACAGGGGGGUUGUAGGAUUUGGGUUAAUGCCUCUUCAACCGUGUUGUUAUGUAAGUAGUAGUAGGGAAUGCUAGGGCAACCCCCCUAAGGCUUUUUGGGUUUGAUUUAAAUCAUACCUUGGCAUUGUUAUUAUACACCUUUAUAUCAGCUGGGCAAAGUUCAGUUCUGUAUUAAUCUGUGUUCUGCACUGGUUUGCCCCUGAACUGGUAAUGUAGGCGAUGGGGUUGUUAAUGCUACAUUCUUACUGCAGUGGGCAAAAUCAGGGUCACACACAGUGUUUCUUGGUAGUCUUAUCUACUUUAAAACUAAAGUAUACACCUCAUUCACAUGGUUAUGGGCUUAAAAAAAGAAGACCCCUGUUCCAUGUCAGAUAUAGAGUUGAAAUGUAUUCAAUUUUGAGUUUGCAUCCCAAUAUUACACUUUAUAUACAUCACAGUAGACUGAAAUAUAACAAAACUGUUUGACACCGAAACACUGGAUUUUAGGCGUAUACAUCCUGCUAAGGACAUACUAAUGAAGAGGGUGUUGAUGAUGACUCUGAUGAUCUGAUGCUGACAUAUACUCUAUAAUAAUAAUUAUAAUGAGUAUAAUGAUUGCACUAGCUCAUCAAGACCCCGUAUAUGGUAGGCAACCAUUUUCAACCAUUCUCACCCCUCCUCUCCUCCACCCUUCCCCCAUCCUCUCUCCCCAGGAUGAGAUGGAGGAGCAGCGCUCGGAGAUGUUGGAGAUGAGGGACAUGUACAUGGAGGAGGAUGUGUACCAGCUGCAGGAGCUGAGGCAGCAGUUUGAGCAGGCCAACAAGACCUGCCGCAUCCUGCAGUAUCGCCUCCGCAAGGCCGAGAGACGCAGCCUCCGCGUGGCCCAGACGGGACAGGUGGACGGGGAGCUCAUCCGUACCCUGGAGCAGGACGUCAAGGUGAAUCUGGAAUGGAGAGCGUGUGUGUGUGUGUGUAUGCCUUCAUUGACUUCGAUGGGCAGCCAAGAUGAUGUGUGUGUGUGUGCGUGGAUGUGCGUGUGUGUGUGUGUGUGUGUGUGUGUGUAAGGCUAUGCAUAAAUCAUAUAUGUCAGCAACACAAACAGAAACUUGAAGAGAGACUGAACUUUGGGUAAUUGCUAGCAUUUAGGUCCUUGCAGGCUUUUGGAAACUUCAAAGAAGGGGGGUAUGACAUAACAGGUCAUAGGACAAAGGUUACAUUUGGCUUUAAAUGCAUACGUUCACACACCAUUGAUGGGAUUUGUUGUUAAUGGAGACAGUGUGGGUUGUUGGUCUUCCUAUUGAACUGAGGCUAUGGUUACACAUCCCAAAUUCACAGCCGUCUGUGAUCCAUUUCCAUGUGACAGAAGCACAAUGUGGUCUUUCUCAGGAGUCCAGGAAGGAGGGAAGAGAGGGGAGGGGAGAGAGGAGGGUAAUGAUGUCAUCCCCUGAAGGCAGGCCCUGUUGCCACUGUCCCUCACUAAAAACGGUCCAGUUGUAUAUCUUUAAAAAAAGAGAAAGAAAGAAACAGGUGAAAAAAAUCAUCCCUUCUUUCUGGCAAGCUAAGAUUGUGCCUCUGUGCUGAGUCAGGGGAAUAAGGAUUCGGUCUCGCUCCCGAGUUGAGUCCUCAGCAGCCAAUCGGGGCGCAGCGGGAGGGCGCAGGGUCUACGGGCCGGGGGAAGCCAGUCAAAGAAGGCCAUUAACACAGGAAACCAAAAACAAACCACAGGGUUGUGAGCCCGGCUUCCUCGGCCUCCCCUCUCCGUCUCCCUCUCUGUAUUCUUAAACAGCUAGGCCCAGUCUCUCAACACAUACCUGAUUGUUUCUCCUGGCUACCAACUAAACCAGGUCAAAUUUCGCAGCCCUGUUCCCUCACACUGGGUUUAAACACUCCCAUGCACUCCAGACUCCGUGAGGCUGGCUGUGCUCUUAGAAAGUAGGGGUUAUUCAAGCACAAACCAAGCACUGGAGGAAGGAAAUGUGUCUUGACAUGUUUGAGAGGAUUUGGGCAGUAUUCCAGGUGAUAUUUGAGAUCUGUCCUGUACUAGCCAUUGUAUACCCUCUUUAACUUGUCAGCAAGAACACACUACUUUCUGUUUGUGGCUCAGCAAUGAGUUAUUGAACAGUUAGUUCGUAUUAUGUAUGUUACAUUCAGUAAAUACAGGUAGUUUCAACACAUUGGGGUAGGUUCCUUAGAUGAAAAUAACUACUUUGUGGCUAUGGUCAGUCUUUAUUAGUCACACAGUACUCAACUAACAUGAUCACAUAAAAUAACAUACUGUAAGCUGAUAGGGCUGUACUAGUAGGGAUACACUUUAAAUUGGCUUAACAUAAUUAUUGCUCUCUCUCCUUGUCCUUGUUCACUUGUGACAUACACAGUAAGCUGUUCCCACUUCCUGUUGCAUCCUGCCCUGCAGCGCUCGCAGGGGGAGGGGUGCGUGUGUGUGCACUGCAUGCAUUUUUGCGUGCGCAUACAAGUGUGUGUGUGUGAUAUCUGGAGAUGGUCGUGGGAUUCUCCUGGUCACUUCCUGUCCUUUCUGACCCACUGUCCUAAUUCCAGAGCUAUGAAACAUAGGAAAUGGAAAACAGUGAGGUCUUCCAUGUCACUGGAUAUGUGCUAAGGGAUAUACUAGAUGUCAGUAGGAUAUAGAAUUAGUCUCUCAUUACACUGUAUGGGUCCGUCGGUUUUCUUCAGGGCAGCUAGCCUAAUGUAUAUUCAUUCCAUAAACAACAUCUCUCCCAGCUUGGAUGUUAUGAUGCUACAGUAUAGUCAUUGUUUGCUGGGGAAACUGACUGAGGUAUUUCAUUUCUAGUCAAAGGCACAGUCUCUCCCACAUUGCCUGUGAUCUGUGAUGGGGUGGGGUGUGAAAGAUACCAUAUCCUUCCCCUCUUAGCUUCACAUAUAUAGGAUGAGUGGGCUGAGCUUCUGUGCACUCCUGCAUAGCAACAGCCGUGUUGCAGUAUGGUGUGAUGUGACAUAUAGGGAGGAAAAGUAAGGGUUGUUGAGAUAUGGAGACAGAGCGAGAGAGAGGGUGGAUCCCCUCUCUCUCCUCUAUCUCCUUCUCUCCAUCCCUCUCUCAGCAGCCGAUAAUGGCUUGGCAGCAGUAACAGCAGCAUCCUGGAGAUACACAUAGAAACCGUCUCCAUGUGUCUGCCAGGCAUGCCCGGAUCAGAGAGCCGAUUGGCUGACUCAGGGAGUUUCAGGAAGUGUUGUUGGUCCUGUGCCUGCUCAGAAUGGCACUAGCAGGAGCGUGUGUGGAUGCCCACCAUGUGGAUUAUACUGUAACCACUAAACAACUGUCAUGCAGGGUUCUGCUCUUUCACUGCUAAAGAGCAUUUUAUAGAUAGACAGAAGGGAAGAAGAUUAUUAUUUUCAGUUUCUAGAGGCUGCAACAGGAAGGAUAACAACUAGAUGAUAGUUACAGAAAAUGCACCAGUUGGAUGAGUCUGUUAGCUGAUACUGCAAUACUAGAUCCUAUCAUGAUUUAAAUGGCUAAGCUAGAUGGUAUGUACUCAAUACUUUCAUAGAGUAUGCUCUCCUUUGUAAACACUUCUUAGCUGAUUAAAGUAGAAAAUACAAUAUCUCUCCAAGGUAAUUUACAGGAUGGCCUUGGCUAUGGGCCCUAGUCAAAAGUAGUGCACUACAUAGGGAAUGUGGUGCCAUUUGAGACGCAGACAUGGCCGAUGCUUUACACACUCCCCCCUUCUGUGCUUACUGCAAACAUGCAAAACACUGAUGAAAAAAUCUACAGGGAAGUCAUUGUUAAACGGCGGGUGGAAGAACAGCUGUGAUAGUGUUGACAGGCAGGAUCAGAGGGGGAACAGGGUGCUGCUUCAGCUAACACACAUAUGCAUCCAUGCAGACACACACAUAUGCACGUACACACACACAAACACACACCAACUAACCCACCCUCAGACAUACAAAAUAUUCUCUAUCACACACACACUCACCCACAAAAACAUGAAAGUAGGGAAAGAGACCCUUUUGAUGGGUGAAUGUCUCUUUUUAAUUUGGUAUGUGUGUACAAUGGGCCACAGAGAAUAGAGGGUAUCUCAAGUGCAGGGUGUGGGUAGGAGGGAGGCUGAUAGACGUUAGUAGUUUGAAGGCUGGGACUUGACUAUAAUGUACCAGUCAUGCAAGACCUUCUGUAUGCCAUUCACAUCCUCUAGCUCUCCAGCUGGGGCCUCGCUCACCAAUGCUAAAACUGCUAGUACGGUGACCCUAGACACUGAUCUUGGUUCAGUUUUUUAUUUUCCCAAUAAUGGUUAAGGUUAGGGGUUGGGGAUGGGAAGCCGAUCCUAGAUCUGUAUCUAGGGGAAACUUCAACCACGGAGUGCUAAAAUCCAUGUGUUUCACCUUUACAUAUCAAAGCAUGAUCUUUUAUUGGAAGGCAAAGGCAGACAAAGCAGUGUAUGGAAAGAGGCUGAACAGCAUGAGGAAGGGGGGAAUCUAGUAAAUGUGGUAAGUUAACAGGCUGUUAAUAAAGACUGUUGUAUACUGUAAAGGGGCCCGAUCACCAUAUAGCACCAGUCUAAAAACAUAACCUGGAAACCUCCCAGAACGCUAAUGAAGGAGAGCAUUGAUUUGAUCUGCCUGUCUUUUUCUCCCUUCUAAAGUAUGGAGAAGAGAAAGGGACAGAAUGAGAGAAGGAGGGGAAGACAGAAAAAAUAGUGCAAGAAGAGAUAGAAAGAGAUUGUGUGUGUGUGUGUGUGAGAGAGAGAGAGAGAGAAGAGAGAGAGAGAGAGAGAGAAAGAGAGAGAGAGAGCGAGAGAGAGAGAUGAAUUUGAUUGUGAUGGGGAACUGGGCGGUUGGUCCACUCUCAGAGUGGGCAGCACAGAGGGGCAUUGUGGUUCCCAGCUGCACAUUGGCUCUGGUUAAGGGCCAGAGAGAAUCCCCCAAUUCUGACACACAUGCACACACUCACUCGCACACACAAACAAACACACAGACGCACGCACGCACGCACACACAUAUUCAAACACACUCAUACACACACACACAGAAGCCUUGUUUGCUCUGACCCCCUUCCUCCUUUAAUGAGAUCAGCACUGUACCCCACUCCACACUGUACCAAAAGACUCCCAUCCCAUGCUAUGAUGUUGCAGAGGUAGAAAAAUAGAGAGAGAGAACAUUAAAUCAUAAUAAUAGUAAUAUUGUGCCUUAGAUAUCAUUAUGUUAUAUUAACAUUUUGAAUGAUACAAUGCUUUCAGCACAAUUGACAUAAAGAUGACAAUCCACUCAGAUGUUUUGGAUGUAUUUCCUAUCUAUCGUAUGAAUAGAGCACCCUUGACACCUCCUUUCAUUAUAAACAAUUAUAACCAGGCAGCUGGGUUUGCAUUUGGAUUGAACAACCUGUCAGUGCCCUGGUGAUAUACAGUCACCAACACAAACACACACACACGUUGUUGUUGGCCCAACAGAACAUCAUACACUCAUCUGGAUAGUGUCUGUGUUGAUCCCCAACUGCGUUUAAUGCUCUUCCAACCCCUCAGGGGAACAUACAGUACCAGUUAAAAGUUUGGACACACCUACUCAUUCAAGGGUUUUUCUUUAUUUAAAAAAUGUUCUACAUUGUAGAAUAAUAGUGAAGACAUCAAAACUAUGAAAUAACACAUAUGGAAUCAUGUAGUAACCAAAAAAGUGUUAAACAAAUCAAAAUAUAUUUUAUAUUUAAGAUUCUUCAAAGUAGCCACCCUUUGCCUGGAUGACAGCUUUACACACUCUUGGCAUUCUCUCAACCAUGCUUUUCCAACAGUCUUGAAGGAGUUCCCACAUAUGCUGAGCACCUGUUGGCUGCUUUUCCUUCAAAUCAAAAUGAAAUCAAAUCAAAUGUAUUGGUCACAUACACAUGGUUAGCAGAUGUUAUUGCGAGUGUAGCGAAAUGCUUGUGCUUCUAGUUCCGACAGUGCAGCAAUAUUUAGCAAGUAAUAUCUAACAAUUCCACAACAAAAACCUAAUACACACAAAUCUAAGUAAAGGAAUGGAAUAAGAAUAUAUAAAUAUAUGGAUGAGCAAUGUCAUUGUCAGAGCGGCAUAGGCUAAGAUGCAAUAUAUAGAAUAGAAUACAGUAUAUACAUAUGAGAUGGGUAAUGCAAGGUAUGUAAACAUUAUUAAAGUGGCAUUAUUAAAGUGACUAGUGUUCCAUUUAUUAUAGUGACCAGUGAUUUUCAAGUCUGUAUGUAGGCAGCAGCGCCUCUGUGCUAGUGAUUGCUAUUUAACAGUCUGAUGGCCUUGAGAUAGAAGCUGUUUUUCAGUCUCUCGGUCCCAGCUUUGAUGCACCUGUACUGACCUCGCCUUCUGGAUGAUAGCGGGGUGAACAGGCAGUGGCUCGGGUGGUAGUUGUCCUUGAUGAUCUUUUUGACCUUCCUGUGACAUUGGGUGCUGUAGGUGUCCUGGAGGGCAGGUAGUUUGCCCCCGUUGAUGCGUUGUGCAGACUGCACCACCCUCUGGAGAGCCCUGCGGUUGUGGGCAGUGCAGUUGCCGUACCAGGCAGUGAUACAGCCCAACAGGAUGCUCUCAAUUGUGCUUCUGUAAAAGUUUGUGAGGGUUUUAGGUGACAGGCCAAAUUUCUUCAGCCUCCUGAGGUUGAAGAGACGCUGUUGCGCCUUCUUCACCACACUGUCUGUGUGGGUGGACCAUUUCAGUUUGUCAGUGAUAUGUACACAGAGGAACUUAAAACUUUCCACCUUCUCCACUGCUGUCCCGUCGAUGUGGAUAGGGGGGUAUUCCCUCUGCUGUUUCCUGAAGUCCACGAUCAUCUCCUUUGUUUUGUUGACGUUGAGUGAGAGGUUAUUUUCCUGGCACCACACUCCCAGAGCCCGCACCUCCUCCCUGUAGGCUGUCUCGUCAUUGUUGGUAAUCAAGCCUACUACUGUUGUGUCAUCUGCAAACUUGAUGAUUGAGUUGGAGGCGUGCAUGGCUACGCAGUCAUGGGUGAACAGGGAGUACAGGAGGGUGCUGAGCACACACCCUUGUGGGGCCCCAGUGUUGAGGAUCAGUGAAGUGGAGAUGUUGUUUCCUACCUUCACCACCUGGGGGCAGCCUGUCAGGAAAUCCAGGACCCAAUUGCACAGGGCGGGGUUGAAUCCCAGGGCCUCAAGCUUAAUGAUGUGCUUGGAGGGUACUAUGGUGUUGAAUGCUGAGCUAUAGUCAAUGAACAGCAUUCUUACAUAGGUAUUCCUCUUUUCCAGAUGGGAUAGGGCAGUGUGCAGUAAUAAUAUGCCAUUUAGCAGACGCUUUUAUCCAAAGCGACUUACAGUCAUGCGUGCAUAAAUUUUUUAUUUUUGUGUAUGGGUGGUCCCGGGGAUCGAACCCACUACCUUGGCGUUACAAGCGCCAUGCUCUACCAGCUGAGCUACAGAGGACCACUGCAGUGUGAUGGCGAUUGCAUCGUCUGUGGACCUAUUGGGGCGGUAAGCAAAUUGAAGUGGGUCUAGGGUGACAGGUAAGGUGGAGGUGAUAUGAUCCUUGACUAGUCUCUCAAAGCACUUCAUGAUGACAGAAGUGAGUGCUACGGGGCAAUAGUCAUUUAGUUCAGUUACCUUUGCAUUCUUGGGUACAGGAACAAUGGUGGCCAUCUUGCAGCAUGUGGGGACAGCAGACUGGGAUAGGGAGGGAUUGAAUAUGUUCGUAACACACCAUAGGUCUCGUGUCUGAGCCAUUGAAUUGCGACUCCACUUUGUCUCGAUAUUGACGUUUUGCCUGUCACUCUGCGGUCCAACUCAUCCCAAACCAUCUCAAUUGGGUUGAGGUCGGGUGAUUGUGGAGGUCUUCUGAUGCAGCACUCUCCUUCUUGGUCAAAAGCCCUUACACAGCCUGGAGGUGUGUUGGGUUAUUGUCCUGUUGAAAAACAAAUGAUAGUCCCACUAAGUGCCACUGCUCCCGAGUGGCGCAGCGGUCUAAGGCACUGCAUCUCAGUGCUUGAGGCGUCACUACAGACCCCCUGGUUCGAUUCCAGGCUGUAUCACAACCGACCAUGAUUGGGAAUCCCAUAGGGCUGCGCACAAUUGGCCCAGCGUCGUCCGGGUUUGGCUGGUGUAGGCCGUCAUUGUAAAUAAGAAUUUGUUCUUAACUGACUUGCCUAGUUAAAUAAAGGUAAAAUAAAAAACAGAUGGGAUGGCGUAUCGCUGCAGAAUGCUGUGGUAGCCAUGCUGGUUAAGUGUGCCUUGAAUUCUAAAUAAAUCACAGACAGUGUCACCAGCAAAGCACCAUCAUACCUCCUCCUCCAUGCUUCACGGUGGGAACCACACAUGCAGAGAUCAUCCGUUCACCUACUCUGCGUCUCACAAAUGUGGGCGGUUGGAACCAAAAAUCUCAAAGGACAGAUUUCCACCGGUCUAAUGUCCAUUGCUCGUGUUUCUUGGCCGAAGCAAGUCUCUUCUUCUUAUUGGUGUCCUUUAGUAGUGGUUUCUUUGCCGCAAUUCAACCAUGAAGGCCUGAUUCACGCAGUCUCCUCUGAACAGUUGAUGUUGAGAUGUGUCUGUUACUUGAACUCUGUGAAGCAUUUAUUUGGGCUGCAAUUUCUGAGGCUGGUAACUCUAAUGAACUUAUCCUCUGCAGCAGAGGUAACUCUGGGUCGUCCUGUCCUGUGGAGGUCCUCAUGAGAGCCAGUUUCAUCAUAGCGCUUGAUGAUCUUUGCGACUGCACUUGAAGAAACUUUCAAAGUUCUUAAAGUAAUGAUGGACUGUUGUUUCUCUUUGCUUAUUUGAGCUGUUCUUGCCAUAAUAUGGACUUGGUCUUUUACCAAAUAGGGCUAUCUUCUGUAUACCACCCCUACCUUGUCACAACACAACUGAUUGGCUCAAACGCAGUAAGAAGGAAAUAAAUUCCACAAAUUAACUUUUAACAAGGCACACCUGUUAAUUGAAAUGCAUUCCAGGUGACUACCUCAUGAAGCUGGUUGAGAGAAUGCCAAUGAGUGAGUGUGCAAAGAGAAUGAGUGUGCAAAGCUGUCAUCAAGGCAAAGGGUGGCUACUUUGAAGAAUCUCAAAUAUAAAAUAUAUCUUGAUUUGUUUAAUACUUUUUUGGUUACUACAUGAUUCCAUAUGUGUUAUUUCAUAGUUUUGAUGUCUUCACUAUUAUUCUACAUACAAAUUAAGAAAAACCCUUGAAUGAGUAGGUGUGUCCAAACUUUUGACUGGUACUGUAUAUCUAACUGUAAGAAGAUCAGCCUUGAUAACAGUCUUGUUCUGUAGCAACAUGUCAACUCAUGAUGAUGUAAGAGCUGGUCUCUGCUCUACUCCACUCCUACACAUAUUAGUGAUAAUACUGGAACAUAUUAAUGAUAAUACUGGAACACAUUAAUGAUAAUACUGGAACACAUGCGUGAUAAUACUGGAACACAUUAAUGAUAAUACUAGAACACAUUAGCGAUAAUACUGGAACAAAUUAGUGAUAAUACUGGAACACAUUAGCGAUAAUACUGGAACACAUUAAUGAUAAUACCGGCACACAUUAAUGAUAAUACUGGAACACAUUAUUGAUAAUACUGGAACACAUUCAUGCUAAUACUGGAACACAUUAGCGAUAAUACUGGAACACAUUAGUGAUAAUACUGGAACACAUUAGUGAUAGUAUCACUGGAACACAUUAGUGAUAAUACUGGAACAAAUUAGUGAUAAUACUGGAACACAUUAGCGAUAAUUCUGGAACACAUUAAUGAUAAUACUGGCACACAUUAAUGAUAAUACUGGAACACAUUAGUGAUAAUACUGGAACACAUUCAUGAUAAUACUGGAACACAUUAGCGAUAAUACUGGAACACCUUAGUGAUAAUACAGGAACACAUUAGCGAUAAUGCUGGAACUCAUUAGUAAUAAUACUGGAACACAUUAGUGAUAAUACUGGAACACAUUAGUAAUAAUACUGGAACACAUUAGUGAUAAUACUGGACACAUUUGUAAUAAUACUGGAACACAUUAGUGAUAAUACUGGACACAUUAAUGAUAAUACUGGAACACAUUAAUGAUAAGCUACAGUAUGGUGCAUUUAUUACUGUGCUUUGAAUACACCAUCAGCAGAGAGCCAUAUAUUACUUACGCAAAUACACUGAGUGUACAAAACAUUGAGAACGCCAGAUCUUUCCAUGAUAUAGAUUGACCAGGUGAAAGCUAUGAUCCUUUAUUGAUGCCACCUGUUAAAUGCACUUCCAUCAGUGUAGAUGAAGGGGAGGAGACAGGGUAGCGAAGGAUAUUUAAACCUUGAGACAUGGAUUGUGUAUGUGUGCCAUUCAGAGGGUGAAUGGGUGAGACAAAAUAUUUAAGUGCCUUUGAACGGGGUAUGGUAGUAGGUGCCAGGCGCAGCGGUUUGAGUAUGUCAAGAACUGCAACGCUGCUGGGUUUUUCACGCUCAACAGUUUCCCGUGUGUAUCAAGAAUGGUCCAUCCAGCCAACUUGACACAACUGUGGGAAGCUUUGGAGUCAACAUGAGCCAGCAUCCCUGUGGAACGCAUUCAACACCUUGUAGAGUCUAUGCCCCGACGAAUUAAGGUUGUUUUGAGGGAAAAAUGGGGUGCAACUCAAUAUUAGGAAGGUGUUCCUAAUGUUUUGUACACUCAGUGCAUAUAUGUUCAUACUGGAAACAAAAUACAACUUAUAAAGGCUUAGGGCAUUCAUAAAGUCAUUUAGUAUGACUCUGGACCAUGGAAUUGUGGAUCAUGCUUCUCAAUGAACCUCUGAUGUUGACCACCCUCCCUCAUGUCUUCUCUCUCCUCCUUUGGAUGUCAGGUGGCUAAAGACGUGUCCAUCCGGCUGCACAACGAGUUGGACUCUGUGGAGAAGAAGAGGGGCCGUCUGGAGCAGGAGAAUGAGGAGCUGAGGGUCAGGCUCCAGGACCUUGAGGUGGCCAAGCAGGUCCUGCAGGCUGAGAUGGAGAAGCAACGAGAGGUAAGACAUUAUGUAGUACACGGCUGGGUGGGGUGGGAUUGGGCUGAGCUGGGAUUACCAUGUUUGGGCCGUGUUGAUAAGGCCAGAGAAGUAAGACAUGGUGUGGUUUAGCUGGGCUGGGCUUGGUUGGGUUGAUCCUGGCUGUGUCUAGCUGGGCUGAGCUGGACUGGGUUUAGCUGGGUUUGGCUAUAGGUUACUCUUGUGUUGAAUAGGCUGGGUUAAGUAGGCUGGGUUUAGCUGUGCUGAUCUGUUUUUUUGGCUUUCUUCAAGGUUCCAUGUAAAUUCACCAGGCUUGGAAUAAAACCUUUUACAUUUUCAGUAAAUGGAAAGUUUGGGACCUCAUACUGUACAUCAAUUCUUUAUUGUCCUAUAUGUUAUAUUAGAAAAAAUAAGUGGGCGGUUUGAGAUUUAUGAUAGAGGGUUGUGUUUUUGUUUGGACCCAAAUAGGGACUGCUAACUUUUAAGCCAAAUGUGAUAUUUGGCCUUUCUUCAUUUGGCCUCGCCGUAUGUUUACUGGACAGAGUUAAAUAGAAAACCGUGGGAGGAAGUUGCUUUGUGCAAGUCUUUUUAUCCUGAUAAAUGCUCCUGCUAAAAACACUAUUUGCUCUCUACAGAUAUUGCGUUAUGCUCAGUUAUGCUCUCAGGAGAAAUCAAAUGUCCUCUUCUCUCAGUCUCGGCCCUCCCCCUGUGUUGACUAAUCUGGAGUGGACAAAAGGAGGCCCCUUUCUCUCCUGCUGUCCCUUUAUGGAGGAGAGGAGAGCAGGGACUGAUGACUGACCAUAGUCUUGGCCCAGCUCUCAGAAUGGGGGCAGGGCUGGCUGGCUGGCUGGCUUGGUUGGUAGCUGGUUGGGUAGCUGGGUGUCUGGUUGGCUGCAAUGCUAACUCACUCCGUCAUUGCCAGGCUGGCUGGUUGGUUGGUUGGCUAGCUGUGUGGUUGGCGGGCUAUGCUAAGUGGGGUACUGCUGCUGUGUUGUGCUUGCCCCAUGGAGAGGGAGAAUUCUUUGCAUAGCUGACACCCUUCUGAUCCAGAACUAUUAUGUGUGCCUGCCGAUCCCUGGCUUCACUGUUUCACUACCCACUCUGUCUCUGUUCUCAGUCAGUUAGGAAUGUCUCCAUCACUGUUCUUUUCCUUUGAUUAAAAGGAUAAGUUAAGAACAGUAUUAAAAACAGCCAAGCAACACACAAGUGAAGGUUUGAGGUAUUGAGGUAGCUGCUGGGCCUGGCUAGACCAGUGGGUUGUGCUGCUAGAUGAUCAGUCUCCUGGGAUAGUGGAGGGGCUGAUGAUGCUGGCCAGGUAGAGGGAGGAGAGAGUGAGAAGGAAGGAAAAAACAGAAAGAAAAUAUGCAGUAUUUGCCAUGUUUUCUGAAAAUCUUCUGUUUCAAUACAGAAAUGUAAUAAUGGUCAGUUUUAAUAAUUGAAUAACAAUCAAUUCAGAAUCUAAUUCAGCAAACAAAAUUAAAAAUGACUGGUGGUACUUGUAUUGUCUAUUACUUAUAAUACAUGGAGAAAAUAGUACAUUUUAUGUUUCCUCCCUAAGCUUGUGGCAAGCUGUGACAUACUGUGCUGCCAACUCUAUAACAUCAGACCUUUCCCCCAAACAUUGCAAUGUUAAUAACCUCAGUUGUGUUGAAAGAUGUGGUCAGCAACAUUUGAGUCCAUAUUUAGGAUGCAUUGACCAUUAGGCCUAGGUUAAAUCCAGAUUGGCUGCUGCAGUAACAUUUGAGUCCAUAUUUAGGAUGCAUUGACCAUUAGGCCUAGGUUAAAUGCAGAUUGGCUGCUGCAGUAACAUUUGAGUCCAUAUUUAGGAUGCAUUAACCAUUAGGCCUAGGUUAAAUCCAGAUUGGCUGCUGACUAUUUCUGAUAUGUCUUCCAAAGACAAUCUGUUUAAAACCCAUCGUAGGCUCUCAGCGUUUCAUCACGUAAAUGCAUUGUGAUAGAUCCGCCAUUCACCCCUCUAAACCAAUGGAAAAUGUUGGGAUUAGAAGUAGUGUCACCAGUGAGGCUAAAUAAGGACAGCUCUCUGAGAUUAGAUACAUUUGAGUGGUUUUGGCUGCCUGUGUCUAGCGUAUUGCUCUCUGUAAACCAGCUACAUUUUUCAUAAGUGAUUCCACACAAAUGGACAAAGGGGAAUGCUUGCAACCCUUCCCCUUUCCAACACAGACAGAACACUGCUGAUUAAGACAUUUCUUUAUCCUCUCCAUUCCUCACCUCUCCCUGUCCAGUCCUGUUUUGACCCUCUGAAGGUGAUGAGGCUGGAUUGGAGGGAGGGAUGGAGGGGGGUUGGGUUGAGGUAGGGAGGGGAGGGGGUUGGGUGGUUGGGUCCUGUAGCAGCUUCAGCUGAGAUGAAUGGAGACAGAGGUGGGCUAUAGUAUGUGGGGUCCUGGCGAAGGGGGCUGGCAGUCAGGAAAGAUAACGCCCUUAAGUGGAAACCUCAAUGGCGAGAGGGCAAAGAAAAAUAUAGCAGGACUUAUCUCCCUCCCUCUUUCUCUCUCUCUUAAGCUUGUUCUCCCUCUAUCUUUAUUUUUCUCUUUCUCGCCACCCCUUCCCACUUUCAUUCCCAGUCGCUCCCUCACAUGUUCUCUUCUCUUUUCUCUCUCUUGCUCGCUCUCUCUCUCUCUCGCUCUUUCUCUCUCUCUUCUCUCUCUCUCUAUCUCUCUCUCUCUCUCGUACUCUCCUCUCUCUCUCUCUCUCUCUCACUCUCUCUUUAUAAUACCUUUUCUCUCUCUCUCUCUCUCUCGGAGGUCAUGGGCAGACUGGGCAGUGUUUUAUGUUUACUGGUGUGUGUAUUUGUGGGCUUUCAUUACCCCAGUGAUUUAGUGGGAUUGCAGUGGGGACUGCUUGGGGACACAGAACUCUGUAGCAGUCAAUCCCAAGGCCUAAUGCACUCCUUUAGUAUUGCAUCUGCCACUCAUUUUGCCAUUACUUAUCAAGGAAACUACUACACCGAGCUUGCCCCCAUUUUAUUUAUGACUUUCAGGAAGUGCCUUUGUCCUGGAGGACAUGUGACCGUGAGCUACUUCCUUAUCAGUCACAUGGUUGUCUGUCCCAAUGAAUGAAUGAUUAUGCUCUGGGCUUGAGCCAUUGAUAAUUCAGUGCUUUACAACAUGCAGAAGAGCUGAGGGGUGUAUUCAUGUGAUGAAUACCCACAUAAUAAAAUACUAUUGUAUACUAUGGUAUAAAUACUAUAGUAUUCACUGUAGUGUUUUUGCUGACUUUACUGUAGUAUUUGCGAAUUAAAGUCAGCAAAAACACUACAGUGAAUGCUGUAGUAUUUACUAUAGUAUUUACUGUAGUGUACUGUAUAAUACUGUAGUAUUUACAGUUAACUAUAGUAUAAAUACUGUAGUAACUGACAACUGUAGUAAAUACUAUAGUAAUUCAUGUAGUGUUUUUGUGGAUUGUAGUAUACUGCAGUAUUUACUGUUGUGUUUUUGCGGACUUUAGUAUACUGUAGUAUUUACUGUAGUGUUUUUACAGACAUUACUGUAGUAUUUACUAUAGUGUUUUGUUUCAUUAACUUUGACAUAGAAGUGGAGACUUUCUCCUUCAGGAAACCUACUGGAGAAAUACUAAAAGAGCAAAUGCUCCAUAACCUGUAAGUAGGUAGGACCUACUAGCUCUCAAAGUCUCAUGUCAGAAUUAAAAGUUCAUCCAUGUUUCUCAAACGUCAAAGUUGUUCCUAAUGUCAAAUUUCAAAGUGUUUAAGGUUAAGUUUAGGCAUUAACUCCGAAUUUUUAAGGUUUGGCAGUAACUCUGAAUGGUUAAGGUAAGGGUUAAGGUUUGGGAUAGGCUUAAAACCAAAAAAUCAAAAACAACUUUCAACUGCUAGAUUUGAACUUGCAACCUUUGGAGUCAGUGGCAGACGCUUACGCCCAUUCGCCAUUCCCAACACCCUAGUAAAACUGAAAACUACUUGAAGGUAAUAGCGCUCACUGUUGCCCCUAGUGGCUGGUUUCCACGUUAUCUCCCAAAAUCCUCAGACAUGGAUGGAUGUCGAGCUAGGUAGAACUGGGUUCUGAAUAGAUAGUUCAGAGCUUCUGCAAUAUAUGGUCUAUACUUGGCAUGUAGGUUUCUCAGUUAUGGGUGGCAUAAAUUGCGUUAUGGGGGAGGGGAAUGGGCAGGGUAUAUGCAAAUUAAAUACAUUAAUAUUUACUAUAGUGUAGUGUUUUGCGGACUGUAGUGUUUUUGCGUACAUUACUGUAGUAUUUCCUACAGUGUUUCUUUUCUUCUCUGGAUAAUAUUGUAGUAUUUACUAUAGUAUUUUACAGUAUACAACAACAAGUACUACACAUGAUCGAGGGAUACUACAGUGUGUAGAAUAGUAUUCUACAGUAUACUACAGUUUGCUAUAUAAUUCUAUAGUAAUUACUGUAGUAUUCUAUAGUAAACUGUAAUAUAUUUUUUAUGUGGGUAGUGGACAACAUUGUUUUCUUUGGUACCUUGGACAAUGUUCCAUCUUCUGGCACUUUGCCACUGUGGUACGCUUUAGUUCUCACACAAUGGUGGUGUUAUUCAGUUAGGUUACAGUGAAAUGGGUCAGGUAUUUCACCAUGGGCACACAUACACAUACAAUAGUACACACACACACCUAUUCCGCUGCAUUAGGUGGGUCCUGAGUGCUUCUCCUCCGUGGGCCAAGCUGACAGGUUUAAUCUGGGAUUCUCCGCUCAGCCCCUGCAACCAAUCAGGUCGCUGUGGGCGAUCACUUGUCCCAAACGGGCUGCAGUCGCUGUGUGUGUGUGUGUGCUCUGAUUAGAACUCCUCACCAUGCUGCUUGCAACCACAGUGGUUUGGGCUGAACUGAGUCCCACCGUGCUGCAGACCUCCAGAUCUCCAGACCUACAGACCUCCAGCUUGUAACGGAGCCUUCUCUGAUAAUGACUGUCUCUUUCCCGCUCCCCUCAAACUGUCCCUUCUAAAAACAGAGCUGCUUACCCCUGGUCAAAACCUCUCCCACCCUAAUAAGGAUUUAGCUGGCCAGCUGUCUGUCUCUGAUGAGGACCGCCCUGCGCUGGGUGUGUUCCAGGACUAUGCCAAGGACAAACAAACCUAUUAUGGGCCAUCAUGGCAUCAAAGCAGAUGGGUUAUGGAGGCACUGGAUAGAAUGCUGUUUUUCUGGGUCAUUGUGAUUGACCAGGACAUCACCUGUGUGGCUCAGUUGGUAGAGCAUGGCGCUCGCAACAACAGGGUUGUGGGUUUGAUUCCCACGGGUACCAGUACGAGAAAUGUAUGCACUCACUACUAUAAGUUGCUCUGGAUAAGAGCAACUACUCAAAUGUUAUCACUGUCUUGCAGUACUAUAUAGGAUGUAAAUAUAGGACACCAAGGCCUUUAUUAGCCUAAUGACUAAAAUAGAGAGAGAGGAGAAAGCAGGAGAGUAAGAAAAAAGAGAGGUGGGGAGAGAAGGCCAGUGAAGACAAAGGAAUGUUCCCAGUAGCAUUAAUGGGUCGAUAGAAAGAAGCUUCACACAAUGAACCCUGUGGGACAAACAGACAUUCAGAGGUGUGUGAGGAGCUGCUGGAGGACCAGAGCUCCCCAUGGAGGAACAUAAAAUACCUGCAGAAAAACACACACAUAUCUCACUAAAACAUAAACGCAUAUACUAUGCACUCAUCACAAAAUCCAUGUAAAAUCUUGGAGCAGCAUGGGCCAUUUCCUCAUGUAUGAGUCAGGCACAGCCAAGCAAACUGUGUUGAAUUUUUCAAACACAUGCAUAUUUUCCCCCCUGAGGAAUUGCAAGGUAAUUUAAUGCUCCAAUAAAAAUACACAUGAAAAUUGAGAAGAGUCAGGUCAACUGUGGAAAGGAUAGAUCCUCAGACAGUGACCUGAAGCUGUAUAGCCUGCAUUCUCCUCCUCAUUACAGAGUGAAAGCACUGUGGACAUAGAAACACAUGCAGCAGACAAAGUGUAUGCAGAGCGCUGGAGCCCUGACAGGUUAGAUGAAAGGCAUUUUAUAUCCAUCCCCUGCUAGUCUCUCCAUCCCCAGCCAGUAUAUCCACACCUGAGCCAGUCUGCAGGGAGGAGAGAGAGAGAGAGAGAGAGAGAGAGAACUGACACAUCUAAAACCACUGCUCUGUUCAUCACCCCCCUGAGCCAGACGUCUACUCAACAUCUGUUGGUUGUUGUUUUUACAGCUCUCUUUCUCCCCCUCUCUCCCCCCUCUCUCUCCUCCUGUUUUAUAGACAUUAAAAGGUUUUUAAAGUGUCACAUUAUCUCACGCAGUGGGACCCGUUAGGUGUGGGGAGGAGAGGUCUACUACAAGGUUCAAUUUGGACUAUGCAGUCUUCAGGGAGCCAUUGUAGUCUGGAAAACAACAUGUUACAGCCAGGGGGAGGUGGGGUUGAUGUUAAAUGUGUGAAGGGGGGUGUAGGCAGUAGACGGUUUUAUUGAUAGCCUUACCUUUCCUCACCAAAGCUUAGUGGGGAAGAGUAAUUGCUCUCCAGAGUACAUCUGUUCUGCUUAACGGCUCCUGGUCAGAGAAUUACACAUGAAUUGUACAUACUUACAGAACCAGUCAAAAGUUUGGACACACCUACUCAUUCAAGGGUUUUUCUUUAUUUUUACUAUUUUCUACAUUGUAGAAUAAUAGUGAACACAUCAAAACUAUGAAAUAACACAUAUGGAAUCAUGUAGUAACCAAAAAAGUGUUAAACAAAUCAAAAUAUAUGUUAUAUUUGAGAUUCUUCAAAGUAGCCACCCUUUGCCUUGAUGACAGCUUUGCACACUCAUUCUCUUUGCACACUCACUCAUUGGCAUUCUCUCAACCAGCUUCAUGAGGUAGUCACCUGGAAUGCAUUUCAAUUAACAGGUGUGCCUUGUUAAAAGUUAAUUCGUGGAAUUUCUUUCCUUCUUAAUGUGUUUGAGCCAAUCAGUUGUGUUGUGAGAAGGUAGGGUUGGUAUACAGAAGAUAUCCCAAUUUGGUAAAAGACCAAGUCCACAUUAUGGCAAGAACAGCUUAAAUAAGCAAAGAGAAACAACAGUCCAUCAUUACUUUAAGACAUGAAGGUCAGUCAAUCCGGAACAUUUCAAAAACGUAAAACAUUCCUUCAAGAGCAGUCGCAAAGACCAUCAAGCGCUAUGAUGAAACUGGCUCUCAUGAGGACCGCCACAGGAAAGGAAGAUCCAGAGUUACCUCUGCUGCAGAGGAAAAGUUCAUUAGAGUUACCAGCCUCAGAAAUUGCAGCCCAAAUAAAUGCUUCACAGAGUUCAAGUAACAGACACAUCUCAACAUCAACUGUUCAGAGGAGACUGCGUGAAUCAGGCCUUCAUGGUCAAAUAGCUGCAAAGAAACCACUACUAAAGGACACCAAUAAUAAGGAGGAGGUGUGAUGGUGUGGGGGUGCUUUGCUGGUGCCACUGUCUGUGAUUUAUUUAGAAUUCAAGGCACACUUAACCAGCAUGGCUACCACAGCAUUCUGCAGCGAUACGCCAUCCCAUCUGGUUUGCGCUUAGUGGGACUAUCAUUUGUUUUUCAACAGGACAAUGACCCAAAACACACCUCCAGGCUGUGUAAGUGCUAUUUGACCAAGAAGGAGAGUGAUGGAGUGCUGCAUCAGAGGACCUGGCCUCCACAAUCACCCAACCUCAACCCAAUUGAGAUGGUUUGGGAUGAGUUGGACCGCAGAGUGAAGGAAAAGCAGCCAACAAGUGCUCAGAAAAUGUGGGAACUCCUUCAAGACUGUUGGAAAAGCAUUCCAGGUGAAGCUGGUUGAGAGAAUGCCAAGAGAGUGCAAUGCUGUCAUCAAGGCAAAGGGUUGCUACUUUGAAGAAUCUCAAAUAUAAAAUAUAUUUUGUUUUGUUUAACACUUUUUUGGUUACUACAUGAUUCCAUAUGUGUUAUUUCAUCUUUGAUGCCUUCACUAUUAUUCUACAAUGUAGAAAAUAGUAAAAAUAAAGAAAAACCCUUGAAUGAGUAGGUGUGUCCAAACUUUUGACUGGUACUGUAUGUCAGAAUAAUCUGCGCACUAGACUGUGGCAUAAGUUGCCCGGGUUUCAUAUGUGCUGCAAGGUGCCACUUCACUCAACAUACUACUUCCAGCUAAACAAACGACCGAAGGGAAUCGUCAUUGAGCGUUCUCACGUGCAGCUCCUUUUCAUAUUUCCUUAUCGGAGGACCCGAAGUGACCCUGUCGGCCAUUUUGACAGGGGAAGAAACCCAGAUGCAGGGAUGUGUCUGUGAUUUAUGAUGAUUGGCACAUUUAUACGGAUUCUCCAGGAGGCCGGAGCCUAUCAGACCGAGCGGUGAUUAGGUUGGACUGGGUGAUAGGCCUCCUGUCCUGGCAGGUCAUUUGUAAAGUCCCCCACCGCCACACACCCUGUCUGAACCGACUGCCUUGGCCCAAGACUAAUAAUAGUUUUACCAGAUGUCUAUUCAGAGCUCUGGCUCAGAUAAGGCCCCCGACUCCACAAUCCCCAUCCUCCUACCAGACCAAGGCAGUGACAUCAUCAACAUGCUGCCAGUUGCGCCUGUGUUUACUGUGAUAUUCAACAAGGUAAUGGGAAUAGGCCAAUGA